GAGAAUUAUAAUAUAUAUGGAAACCUCAACCAUUGUUUUGCUCGAAAUAAAUAUUUUCUAUUACAAUAAUUUCCAUAAAACAAAAUGACGACCAGCAUCUACAAUAUAUCUACGUACAGCCGUUUCAAUUUAUCUGAAAGCGAAUCGGAUAUAACAGUGUUCGUGAAGGAAUACAAGGAACGCAUAAAAAAGCAAUUGGCCCGCGAAGAGGAAGGCGGGAAAACUUCAUUUGUAUCUUUUACCCAGAAAAGGCUCAGUGUAACCGACGCGGCCUGGUUACGCGACAAUCGGCAUAGAUUCUUCAAGGACACAGCGAAUGAGACACUGUUUAAGUUGAACUAUUUGUCAGAAUGUGGAUUUAUUUGUUGUAUGGAGUAUUCUCCUGGGGGAGAAUAUAUUGUUGUUGGCCAUUCUUCGGGCUUGAUCCAGAUGCGUCACGGAAGUACUGGAACAGUGCUUUGUACGCUUCGCAACAUCCAGUUUCCUCCAAAACCAGUAUAUUCUAUCGAAUACAGCACGUGUGAAGAAAGAGUUUGCUACGCUUCUUGUAUGGAUGGUGCUGUGUACAGGAUUGAAAUACCAAAUAUAGACGCGCCAUUAGAUGACCCGCCGGCGUAUUGUAUUAAAGCGGACCCGGUGCUGGAGACUCUCAACAUGCAGUUCUACGGCAGUCCUGGCAUAUCCUCGUAUUCCACGCCAUUUAUAACGCAGCGGUCGCCGGCGUUAUCUCUGGGAUUGUCCUAUGAUCAAACCAAGAUGAUAGUUGGAUACGGCGACGCUUCCAUAAAAGUUUACGAUAUGGAGACUCAAGAGGCGUGUUUAACGUACAAAGUGCACAAACUUCGUCUACAGUUUAUACCGAAAAAGUUACAGCGAAUGCACUCUGGGCAAGUGUGCGCGCUCCGGUGUCACAAACAGAGGCCUUAUAUGUUCGCGAGCGGCGCUUGGGACAAUACUUUAAGGAUUUGGGAUACGAGAUGCCAAGUCGGUUGUGUGAUGACUUUCGAAGGGGUCAACAUUUGCAGCGAUAGCAUUGACCUUAAUAGAGACCACUGCAUCGCUGGUAGUUGGAAACCCACAGAAGGGCUGACUAUGUGGGAUUUGGUGGCGCGGAAGAAAUUGAACGUCAUACGAGUGCAAAACCGACGUCCCGACGUCGACGGGGAAUAUAUAUACGCGUGUAGAUAUUGGAGAUCUGAUGACUACAAUCGUAAAGGUAAAUACGGUAUAAUUGGAGGCAGCGGGACCAACUGCGUCGAGGUUAUCAAUCUCCAUAACAGGUACAUAUCGUGCUCUUACCCUGCUCCGGGCACGGUCCUAGCUAUCACUAGCCACCAACAUCGCAUAGCAUUCGGUGGUACUGCACCCACCUUCACAAUUGUAUCCUUCUUCGAUCCAAAACAUGAGAAGGAAAAGUACGAAAAAGAAGUAGAGCCAGAAUUUGAUUACACGAAACCUGAAGUAACUCUAUAUGAAGACGAAUACAGCGGCUUAGUGUACUCAACAGAACAAGUCGGUGAGAUAGAAGCAUCAACAAAGACGUCGAAAUAAAUCUGACUGUAAUAUUCCAGCGUUAAUAAAGUCUAUUUAUGAUAAUGUAA